AUGAGAGUCAUUUUGUUCUCACUGAGUGCCUUUGUGUUCUAUGCGAUCUUCUAUUUUUCACAGGUCAACGGACUCCAUGAGCUGAGCAUUAAAUCUGUGGCUUCCGGGAAGCUCCCGGGUCUCAAUGAGCCCCUGCGCACAGUGUAUACUGGGAUUGAGCCUGUUGAUCGUCUCCUGACCGUGCUUACUACGUUCUUUUAUCCCGUUCUCGAUGGACAGAGCUCCACACUGUUGCUUCACAGUAUUGGGUUCUCUGGCACCUUUGGCGCGGCAUGGACUCUGGUGGUCUUGGAAUCGUGGCGAAAGGGUAAUGCUGGUACCAUUGCGGCAUAUCCUGCAAUUUUCGGUCUUGCAGCUCAAGUUUUGACCUUCGCUUUCGCAACUCCUUUGAUCUGUGCCUUGCAGCUAGGAUGCUCAGUUACCGCGCGCCGCCCCCACGCUGAUAACAUUCGUGUUCCUCGUGUUGUGCUGGCCGUCAUUCCAGCUGUCUUCGUCAUCGGUUUCCUGGUCCCGACUAACUUGAUGAUUCUUCCCGCACCAGAAGUGAUCUCUGUGGACUGGAAGCAGAUUGCCAUCGCGGCCUGGCACCCUUGGCCUGCAUAUGUGUCCAUUCUGACAACAGCGGCGUACUAUGUCCUAGGCCCGUUCUUCACAAACAACCAUCGGGCGUCCAUGUCAGGCUUGCGAUGGGUCUACGCAUCGGCAUUUAUCCAUUCGGCAAUCAGCCACCUCGUCACACUGGUCAUCUCUGUUGCGACUGUUCUGGCUCCUACUCUGUUUGACACCCGCUUCGUGGAUGCGCUUCACCCAUCUAAGGUAUAUUCUUUCCCCGUUCCGUGGUCUGGGUUGAAGGUUGAUACGGUGGCCGAUGGCGUGCAUGUGUUCUUGCGUUGGGACUAUAUGAUCGGAUCGGCGGGCAUUCUGCUGUGGGCCUUGAAAUUGCAUACCGUUGCUCACAAGCAGAUUUUGAGCUCGGUCUCGUGGACAAGUCUUAUCUUCAAAGUCAGCUUGUUGACGGCUCUUGCAGGGCCCGCUGGUGCAGCAGCGGAAUUGAUGUGGGAGCGCGAUGAACUGGUCUUCAGUGAGACUGGCUCGCGGCAGCAGGUUACAAAGGUCAAGAAGUCUUCCUAG